AUGGGUGAAGUGGGUUCAUGCAGUCUAUGUGAAAAACAGGAAUUGGGUGGAUUACAGUCCAUCUAUGGCAGAUUGGCAGCCAGUUGGGCUAUGAAGUAUACUCUACCCAAGAAUAGAGUCACCAUAUGGCUUGCUCUCCAGGAUAGACUUAAGACCAAGGAAAGACUACACAGAUAUGGGGUUACUAUAGAUGAAACCUGUGCUUUGUGUGGACAUGACACUGAAUCUAGUGCUCAUCUGUUCUUCAAUUGUCAUUUUAGCAAGGAAUGCAGUUCUAUGGUGUUGCCUUGGCUUGGCUUCAAUACCUCCAGGAAUAAUCUCUUCACUCUUCUUAAGUGGAUCCAUAGAUACUGCAAAAAAUCUUUUACCAGGAAAGUUACUUAUGCUGCUGUUGCUUGUACUGUGUACCAAAUUUGGAAAGCUAGGAAUCUAGCUAUAUGGGAACAGUUUGUUCCAUCCAUUGCUUGUAUUGUCAAAACUAUUCAGUAUACUGUUAAACAUAGAGUAAUGAGCAUUCUUAGUCAGAAAGUUAGAGCUAGGGAUAGGGAGUGGCUUUUAGCCUUUUUAAGCUUUGAGGGAGUCCUUCCUAGAAGGUUUGCCUCUCCUCUUUCUGAGUUGUUUGUUGGUGUUUAA